UUCGUGUUCGUUGGUGUUCGUGUUCGUAUUCGUGUCCGUGACAGGCGCGCGUGUAACGUUCUGUCAAGUUGUCAACUGUCAAAGCGAGGAACAAAACAGAAAACUAGGGACGCGUUAUUAUUGAUUAAUAUUCGGUUUUAGUGUCUUGGGUAUGUGCAUCAAUUGAUCAUGUUUAUCCGUAGAAAUCGUUUGGUUUCGAUUGAUGUUCUAUCGAGCAUGUAGAGACGAGGCGAAACAACUACGCGAAACCAUGUAACGUAAUACGAACGAGGCAUUCUCACAGAUGUCCAUCUUACCUUGUCUAUUGUUAUCGUCCAUGGGUUCUAUCAGAUAUGCAGACAAACAAGCAAAUGCCUGCUGUGUCUGGCGCGAAACAAUGUCGCAAAAAGGUCACUGUGCUUCUGCCAGAUGAAAACAGGGCUAAGGCCACAGCUAAAAAGCGAUCGCACAAGCCCCUGAUAGAUGUUCCCAGGGAGCUGGCACGUACCAGGGAUGAAGGGCUCGAACGCCUCGAUUUGGGAAAGUGUGAUCUCACAGCCCUACCGCCCGCUGUGGGAUCUCUCAAACAUUUAUCAGAGGUCUAUCUGUACGGAAACCGAAUUCAUCGCUUACCAGGAGCUGUGGGUAACCUACAAUCAUUAGAAGUAUUGGCAAUGAGUGAAAAUCGUCUCACUGCAUUGCCAGAUUCUCUAAGCAAAUGUAAACGUUUAAGAGUUCUUGAUGUUCGCCAUAAUAAACUAGGAGUUGUUCCGGAUGUCGUAUAUAAUUUAUCUUGCUUGACUGACUUAUUUUUAAGAUACAACCGUCUACAAGAAAUCAGCCCUGAUAUAGGUAAGCUUACCAAUUUAACGAUGCUGAGUUUAAGAGAAAAUAAAUUGCAAUCUUUACCUGAUACAAUCGGAUUGCUGGUCAAUCUUGUCACUUUAGAUUUGGCUCAUAAUUAUUUGAAAUCUAUUCCUGAUGAGCUAUGCAAUUGUUUUCGGUUACAAACCUUAGAACUCAGCCAUAAUCAUUUAACUGAAUUACCUGAUGCCAUUGGAAGACUUCGCAGCUUAUCUCGCUUCGGAAUUCGUUAUAAUAAAUUCAAAUCAAUCAACAUAGCGAUUACUCAAUGUACUCUAUUGCAAGAUUUUAAUAUUGAGGGAAAUGCUGUGACUAAUCUUCCUGGUGACUUACUUUCGAGCCUGAACCAGCUAAGAAGUAUAUCGUUGUCAAGAAAUUUAUUCACUGAAUUCCCUCCAGGUGGGCCGGGCCAGUUUACCAGCUCUCUAACAUCUGUGAACUUAGAACAUAAUGAAAUAUCCAGAAUUCCAUAUGGGAUUUUUGUCAGGGCAAAGAAUCUCAUCAAGCUCAACAUGUGUGAAAAUAAACUUACAUGCGUUCCUGUGGAUUUUGGACAGUGGACCAGCUUAAUUGAAUUAAACUUGAGUGCCAACCAGAUCUCUAAAUUACCUGCUGACAUUCAUCUGUUAGUCAACCUAGAAAAUCUUAUCGUUUCCAGUAACAAAUUGAAAACCUUACCUCCAGCCAUUGGUGCUAUGCCCAAGUUAAGAGUGUUAGAUGCCGAAGAAAAUCUAUUGACUGAAAUUCCACCUGAAGUGUUUCAUGCCACUUCACUACGACAUGUAAAUCUUAGCUGUAAUCAACUGACGUCAAUACCAAGAACGGUAGGCUGUUUGAAAAAUUUACUUGGUCUUGGGCUGGGGGAAAAUAGAUUAGUUUCUUUGCCCGAACAGAUUGGUGCAUUGCACUCAUUGCAUACCUUACUAGUCAAUGAUAAUCCUACACUACAUGUGCUUCCUUAUGAAUUGGCACUCUGCAGCAGUAUCCGCGUCCUGAGCCUGGACAAUUGCCCUUUGUCUAGCAUUCCCGCCGAGAUACAACGUGCUGGUGCUACUGUUCUCAUUCGUUAUUUGUGGUUGCAAGGACCAUACCGAGAUGUACCUGGCCGAGAUUGGGACCGAAAAAUAUAUGGAUCAGUCGAUUCAUAUUUGUCAAGCCUCACAAAAAAGUGUUUAACAUAUGAGCUAUAAGUGCAAAAUAAUGUAGGAUAUGUUUUUAAAUUACAUGUUAUCUGUAUUAAAUUGAAAUAUGUAAAUUGAUGGUAUACGAUAUUAAAUAUUUCAA